AUUGGAGAGGAGGCUACUCUAGUUAUGAACAGGUUUUCCAGUUCUGGAAAACUACCAAAACAUUAUUUAGUACAAGGCAUUGCGAUACGUUCAUGAAUGGAUUCUAUUUCAGUACAAUCAAUAUUUUAUUUGCUAAUCAAGUUCCCGCCUUUUUCUUUGCUGCUUCAUCUUCUGAUGCCAGCUCCGCUGAAUGGCGUCUUACACAACCCACAGAAUUUCACAAAAUCUCAUAUCGUGACGCAACGGGUUUUGCCAAUCUUCUUGAUUCUGAUGCAUUUACUAGUGGCUCUGGUUUAACAACGUCGGUCUUUGUUAUUAACGAUCCUUUUAACCAGCCAAACCGAUAAAAACCGACAAGCUAACAUUCUCCUAAACCUGGAGAAUUGGAGGGUAAGCGUUUGGCACAACGGCUAGAUCCUCUUUUAUUAUCUACUAUAAGCAAUGCUUCCGCUGUUGUUGCUUGUUUUGAAGGACCAAAA